CUCCAAACAGAUGCAGACAGAGCGGCAAAUGGUCGUCCCAAAGACGCAUCGGCAUAGCACACUCCUCCGCGUCGGCGUCUCCCUCCCUCAAGUCGCUGUCGCUGUCGCUGUCGCCGCAGGAACAUCGGAGUACUUGAUUCCAUCGACGACGGUCGUCGAUGGACACGAGGACGAGGCAACGCCGCCGCCUCCCCCGCAAUAACAAAGCGCCCGCGCCUCAUCCCCCACCCAUUCUUCCUCUCUCUUGCACUCACUCGUCGCUCGUGGAGUAGCAGGCAGGCCUAGCUAGCUGAUUGAUUCUUCUUGCUCGUUCCGGCCGCUGAUCCCUUCUUGCAGCCAUGGCUGCUCCCGUCAGCGCCGUCGCCGCAGGAUCGGCCACCGUAACCUACUCCCCGGCGCUCCGGGUCCAGGGAAUGGAUGCAGUGUCGUUUCGGGUAUCGGCAUCUUUCAAUUUCCCCAGGCAAAGAGCAAGCUUUCAAUCAAUUCGGGCGCGGCGGAUUCCAAAGCGCUUUCAGGUGUCAUGUUCGGCUAAACAAGAAACUGUUGACAAGGUUUGUGAAAUAGUGAAGAAUCAGCUAGCUCUACCCGAAGACACCACUGUAAUAGGAGAGACAAAAUUUGUAGACAUUGGAGCUGAUUCACUCGACACGGUUGAAAUUGUGAUGGGGCUUGAGGAGGCAUUCCAAAUCAGCGUGGAUGAAUCGAGUGCUCAAGAGAUCCAGACGGUGGAGGACGCUGCUGCUCUCAUCGACAAGCUCAUCUCGGAGAAGGAUGCAUAAGAUGAUGCCAGUGUUUGUAUGAUUAUGAUUAGUUUUGCAGGCACCGAGCUCACGUGCACUGCUGUCCGGAUGGUUUCUGAAGGCCUAUAGUUCACUGCAAUUAUUUAGUCAGAAUUACCAAGUUUUCUCUUUAUGUAUGCCUUUGGGGGUUAUAAUAAAUAAAACAGGGAAAUCAUCCUAUUUCCCUGUCGCUGAGAGAUGGAAGUUGUGAGAGACGGUGUCCCAUUCAUGUAGUUGAAAAAGGUAUUGAAACUUGUUGUCAAGAAUUUCAAGUUUUUCACCCAUAUAUGUACAAUUUCAUUUCAAAUCCAGGGAGCUUAUGAGUUUUGUCUUUA